AGAACUUGGUAUUGGUUGAGAAUCAAAAUUUCCUGAGUUUUAUAUUCUAUGCAAGAAUCUCAUCUCAUGAAGAGAGUUUUGAUCAGUUAUAAACCCAAAGUGGCUGAGUCAUUGAUAGCCAGAUUCAGAAUGAAGUGCCAGCUGAUAGCGUUCAGUCCUGGACAGUUCCCCACAAAGCCUGAGGCUCCAGAGAGGUAAGAUCUCUUUGUCUGCGGUGGUCAUCCUGUCUGAUGUUGUCAGAGUCAGGAAAUGAGUCUUUUUCCCUUUCUAUCUUUAGAGUUACCUUAUAUUCUUCAAUUUUUUUAUUUGUUUAAUUUUAAGGUGUGGAAAUAAAAUUUGGACGGGGCCGCAGAGCUUCUUCCUUUGGCAGGUGACCCCCUCCUCCCGAAAGCUAUUACAAGGAUAAUAGCUGGUUCGAUGCCCAGAACUGAAUGCUGUGCUCCAGCUGUGGCCUCACCGGUGCUGAAUAGAGAGGAAGAGCCACCUCCAUAGCUUACAUGUGAUUCCUCUGCUUAUACAACCCAAUACUGGAUUUACUUACUUUGGCAAGAUAGCUGCAUUGUGCACUGUAUUUAAUGUUACGUGUACUGUAACCCCGGGUCUUUCUCUGCAUUGCUGCCGUUAAACCCCCAAUCCUGCCAAUCUAAAACCCCUGCCUUUGUUCACCUGACCCCCUCCCCCGUAGACUCCCCAUGCAUUCAUCCACAAUGAAUGUCAUCUUUUUAUUCUCUCGUUUCCUUUUACUCUAAUAUUAAACUUGGCAAAACUUUCCCCUCUGUCCUAUAAAUGAUCAGUUGUCAGCCAUCUUACUCCCACACCCCCCACCCCACCCCCACCCCCGCUUUGGUAAUGGGACAUCUUUCAGAUCUUGUCUCUGGUUCUUUCCUUUUUGUAGUCAGUAAGCACCUGGCCUGGUGGAUUUAGGAAGCAUUUACCUGGCAUUUCUUCCAAAUCAAAUACUCCUGAACUCCUCUGGUUUGCCCGCCUGAUCCAGGUGUCACUUGUGCUUCAGUUCUCCUGUCCAGAUUUUCUUGGCUCCUCCUGGCCUCUGUCCCUACGGCUUCAUUCAAGAAAUAGUAUUACCUCUCAGCUCUUAUUCCAGGGAGGGCACAGAAACUUAACAUCCAUUUACCAGGGAAAUUUCUGACAGCAAGGCAAAUGAUUAUUUUUACUUGUGAGUAGUUUUUAAUAAUUUUAAGCAAAUUUCCCCCCAAGAUCUUCAUUUUUAGCUUAAGUUACUAUAGAUUUCCAAAAUGAGUGAAGGAGGAGAAGGAAGGGAAGCAAGGUUUUUGUGUUGACUGGGCUGUGGCUCUCUGUGAAGGCCAGAGUAAGGCUCUUGUUGGAUUUGGUAGCUGUCUGAAAUGGGAGGUGAGACUUCUGUUUGUCCUGGAUUCAGGGGCUUUAUUGUAAUCUCAGAUUUAGAGUUUGCUUUUAAGUUGGUUUAUUCGGGGCUGUUGACACAGACACGCAGUCUUUUAAUUAUAUGCCUUGGUUAAGCAUUUAGAGUGUGGAAAGCAUAACCUUUUUUGAUUUAUUAUGGUCUCUAUGGGUCCUUUCUAUCCAUCUCUAAAUUCUAUCGAGUUUAACUAAAUCCCAUUGUUUGUUAUAGUAGCAGUCAAACUGAUGUUUGAGUUCUUACUUUUUUUUCCUAGUUGAUGUGUCCUAUUUAAACAGCCUCUCCUUGGAUCUAUGGUCUUUACUGAACCCAGAAGUUACCUCUUCAGCGUAUUUAUAUCUUGAGAGAGUUAAAGUCAAUUUGGAAAUCUUUCUAAUAUUAUUUCAAUACAUCAGAUUCCUAUCACGGGUUUAUAAGUUACCAAACAUCUUUAGAAACCUGGUGGAUAUUUUACAGAUCAGCAUAUUGCACUGUAAAAGCGUAUUACAAAAGUACACAAAAUAAGAGGCGGCAAGAUCUGUCAGCCUCCUUUGAUGAAAUAUAAAAUAUACCAGUAUUCUCCCAUGUCUACUACUAGUUUCCUUAUUCACAAUUACAUAAGUUCAAUUUUAUGGUUUCAAAGAGAAUAAGAGUCUGUGGCUUCCCACCAUGUAUUUCACCAAAGACUAGUGGCUUUGCUUAUGCCUGGUAAGUGUGGUACCUUUCUUCAAAGGAACGUUAGUUUUAUUCCCUGAGUUUUGUAAUAACACUCGGGGUAAAAGCUGAUGGGCUGUUUUGUGUGCUGGAUGCUUUUCUCUAGGCCGUCAGUAAGUAGUGGGCAGUGGCCUGGUCUCCUUCUCCAUUUAUGGCCUUGGAAGGGUGAAAGGGGCAUGGUUGGGACUGUCCAUUUACGGUCCUUGGAGGAGUUGAAAAGAGUGGUUGGGGUGUUCUUGGAGGCAGAAACUAGACAUUGUGAGAUAAAAAUAAAUUGUCAGGAGUUGUUUGCAAUUUAAAUUCCAAUCCCUGCAAGGAGGGCAGAGGGCACUGGGAAAAGGGAAUCUGUAGAAGUUAAAUGGGACCUACUGUGAGGAUUUGUCUCCUUCUGUUGGAAGGUUUACCCGUGACACGUGUUUCCCAAGUUCGUGUUUCUGGUUUGUUCUGGGAAGUUUUGUCUUAUGUAGUUGUGACUGUCCUUUAUAAAUAGAAGGAAGAAGCACUUUUGAAGAGAUUGUAUUAUUGGAAACCUCAGUUCUCUGAGGCCUCAUUUGAGCCCCCCCAGAAGAGAUCUAGAGAAAGGGAGAAGGAAGCAGGUGCUUCUGCAGGGGGUAGGCAGGCUGGCUUUAGGGUGGGAGGCUCUGAUCACGGCUCUGUUUGUGUGUGAGGAAGAUCAUCAUAUGGUGUGCUUUAUUAUUCUUUUUACCCAUCUGGAUCUCUGGCCUCAAGGGUCAGAUUUACAAAAUAUUUGAUAGAGUAUCUUAUAGAUUGUCAGCUGCGAUUUAAAGAUACUGAACUUUCAUGGAGGCUCUAUAAAGAUGUUAAGAGUUGUUUUAGUUUGGUGAGAAGGGUUAAUAUUUUGGCUUAUGGAAAGUAAUCUCACAUGAGGAGAAAUGCGUAUAUAUUAAGUCUGAGCUGAACUGGCUUUGCACAGUUGAGUUAGAAAGUAUUUGGGAGGCACUAAGGAAAAGGGGUCUUGUCUCUGGAGAAAAUUCUUAGAGUGAAACUCGGGAAAAUAGAAGAGAAAGUAUAAAUAACAAACGGAGAAAGAGAUAAUAUAGUGACUGAAUGUAGCUAAACUAAAUUUGGAAGCUGGGACUUAAAUUCUUGGUUUAUCAUUUGAAAUAGAAAAUAGCACAAGGGCUGGGCAUGGGUGGCUCAUGCCUAUAAUCUUACCACUUUGGGAGGCUGAACCGGGCCAGAUUGGCGGAGCUCAGGAGUUCAAGACCAGUCUGAGCAAGAACAAGACCUGGUCUCUAAAAAGAAAAAAAAAAAAUAGCUGGGCAUCGUGGCAGACUCCUGUAGUCCCAGCUACAUAGAAGGCUGAGGCAAGAGGAUUGCUUGAGCCCCAGAAUUUGAGGUUGCUGUGAGUUAUGGCUCCACAGCACUCUAUUGAGGGUGACAAAGUAAGACUCUGUCUCCACAAAGAAAAAAGCAGGCACAGGAUAUACCAUUACACUCAGGAAACUGGGCUAAUAAUGAGAAAUAUGUCUUAGAAAUAGAAACCUUGCAGAAAAUGGAAGAGUAGUGGAAGGUGAUUAGGGUUUAUGUGUGGAUUGCAUGUUAUUGCUGUGUACCAUGUGGCAGAAAAAGAAGUGAAAAAUUUUAACUCCCCUCUACCUUGUUCUUCCCACCCCCAGGAGAAAUUAUUGGCCUUAUCUGUUGGUUUGUGGCAAUGUGAGUUGGUAGUAUAGACUAGUAAAUUGUCUAUAGAUGGAGGUAUUAGCAUACUGUUUCUUGAUAAUUGAUACUUGAGAUUGGGAAUUUGUAGCAUUAUUUACUUGACCUCUGUUUUAAAUUUUAGCAGCUUCUACAAAGAUUAAGUUAGUAAAAAAUACAGACUAUAUAAGUAGUAUGUUUUACUAGCUAAUUUGUGUAGGCAGUCGUUUUUGCCCUGAAUUUCUUCUUAAUCAAGAGUAAGGAAGUCAUUCUUCACUCUGGGAAAUUCUUCUUUCUCUCCUCCCUUCCCUCACUUUUUCCAAAUUCUGGGCACAAUAGCAGCUCUCUCUCUUCUGUGGCAGGUGUGCAUCCUAUUGGCUGGCUGGUAUUUCUUGUUUCCCACCCCCCCUUUAUUCUUUUUAAAUGGGGGUGGGGGUAUAAAAGUAUGUGUAUGGGGUACAUGCAAUAAUGUUGUAACGUUUCUUGUUGUUUAAUGGAUAAUUAAUUGCAAAAUAAUUGUUUGAAUUAUAACAUGUUUGAAUAAAUGCUAAAUAGUAUUUUUUUUUCUAAUAUAAUAAUGAAUUUGAAAUCUAGCAUUCCUGUAACAAUGUGUCUCUGUUUGUCUGUCUGUGUCUGUCUAAUAGUAAUUAAUAUCUGUGGUCCGUACCUGGAAGAGGAAGUACAGCUUUAAAGGAAUAACACAAGACUUUGUGUCUUAGACCCUUCGCAGGUGUUACAGUCGGGUGAAAGAACAUGGUGUUGGGAAAAGAAAGAGCAGUUACACAUUUGAACAGUUGGAACAGGUGUUUGGUCAGGGAGGAUGGGAUGCUCAGCCCUGCCAGCCUGUACUUAUUAACAGUAGUGGCUUGUACCAGGAGCUGGAGUCAGAUGGCAGCACUAUGGAGGACUAUUCACAGGAGGACUGGGGAGACCACAGUCGGGAUCUCCAUGGCUAUCCAACAGAUCAGGAAUUGGAUGAAAUACCUGUCACAAAGAGAACAUUAAAAAUAAAACAAGAGUCUUCUGAAGAAGUACAGAAGAGAGACAUCAUGCAGAAUAUUGUACAGAUUUUGGAAUCGGUACAGUUGAAGUGGGAACUGUUUCAGAGCUGGACAGACUUUUCAAGGCUCCAUCUUUCUAAUAAACUGGCCAUUUUUGGAAUUGGUUACAACACCCGUUGGAAAGAGGAUAUUCGGUACCAUUAUGCUGAAAUCAGCUCCCAGGUGCCUCUCGGCAAGCGACUUCGGGAGUACUUCAACUCUGAGAAGCCUGAGGGGCGGAUCAUUAUGACCCGAGUGCAGAAAAUGAACUGGAAAAACGUUUACUACAAAUUCUUAGAGAUCACUAUUAGUGAAGCUAGGUGCUUGGAGCUACACAUGGAAAUUGACUGGAUACCCAUUGCCCACUCCAAACCAACUGGUGGGAAUGUUGUUCAGUAUUUAUUGCCUGGAGGCAUUCCUAAAAGCCCCGGCCUUUAUGCCAUUGGCUAUGAAGAAUGUAUUGAGAGACCCCUGUCACCCCAUAUGGAGCAGCAUUCUCUGGAUACAGGAAAAGAGGGCCAAGUUGACCUGGAAAGCCUUUCAGCACAAGCCUCAUUACAGGUGGAAAUAGAACCCACCCGAAUUAUCUAUUGCUACCUCGGGAUUGCUGAGGUCAGGACUCUGCAGCAAUGCUUAUUUUUACAUUUCCAAGCAAAUACCAAAACCUUCAGCAAAGAUUGGGUUGGUAUUAAUGGGUUUUUGUCCCAGAACUGUAUUGUGGAUCCCGGUGUUUCCCCCAAAUCCAUCUAUAUCAAAUUUGUGGAAGUAGAGAGGGAUUUUCUUUCUGCUGGCUCUUUAGUUGAGUGCCUGGAAAAAGCUAUUGGCUACCCCUUAAAAUUUAACAACUGAAUAUCAUCCUUCAUAAGGAUUUUGGCUUUUACCUCCUCCUCCUCCACUGUUUCCCGUUACCCAGACUGUUCCUCAUCGAGAUGCUGCCAUCAGACUCUUCAUGGAAAUUCUUUCCACAACUGGGGCCAGUACAACUUCUAAGGAAUUGUAGCAGACUCUGGGCAGAACAAACAGACCCUACCUGAAAAUGCUCAUUUUGAGCGAGCAAGAUUUAUAGCGAACUUGCAUGGUGGGUCAGCUAUUUCUUUUUUAAAGACAAAAAAACAAUUUUUAAAUGAAUUUUAAAGCCCUAAUAUAAACAAAUUGUAGGUACAUUCCAUAUUGGACAAAACUUAUACUUUGAGUUUCAUAUGAAAUUGAAAAUUGUAUUUUUUUCACAACGUUUUGUUUUUACACAUCUCUCUAUAAGUAAUAUUUACAACCCUGAAUAAAUAAGCAAUAGAUAAUGGCAAGUUAAAUCUUGAGUCACAGCAAAUAAGACUGUUUUGCAAUAUCUCCCUUAACUACUAUUGUAUAUAAUUUAGAGUUUCAUUUUUUUUUCACCAACCAAGUGUUUUGCUAUUUCCAAUCAGUGUUGCCUGCAAAGACCUUUGUUUCUGUGAUGUACCAACUUUACGGUUGUGUUGCCGUUUCAACUUUUUAAAAAAAAAUUAAAGUAAUUCCUGGCC